GGCACUAGUCAGGUCAAGUCGAUCAAGAUGGCUUCGAAGCUGGGAAGGCUUGCAGUGAAUAAUACGGCGUUUCUCCUGUGUGAUAUCCAGGAAAAAUUCCGACCGUCUAUCAGGUACUUUCCUGAGAUCAUCAAAGUUGCUCAAAGAAUGGUAAGUCCCGUGGAGAAGCAAUGAUGGAGAAGUAAUUAAGCUAAAGUUUCACAAUAAUUUACCAUCAGCAUACGAAUACACUUUAAGGAGAACUUGAUAACUACCUUUUUUUUGUAUAUGCAUUACUGUUCGCCGUGGCCCAAUUUUAUUGAAAUGCAAGAGCUUGAAAUUAAUUUUAUAAGCUUGUCAUAAGCUUUUCACAAGAAGAGGUCCAGAGAUAGGACCCUCACACCCCCCUCGAAAGUAGACACAAGAAAGCCUUACCUUUACUGGUUAAUGCACAUUGCACAUCGUAAACAACCAUUAGAUAUCUAGGCUCAAACUUUCAUAAUUAUUGAGUUGAGUACUUCAGACUGUCCCCAACCUACCCCACUAAGUGAAAAUGCCUGGGUUGACAUUGUUCUUACUCACUAUUCUAUAAGAUCAUAUAGUGCUAUCAGUUGUUUCAUUACUUUGUCACUUGCGAUGUGGAUUGUGAUGUUACAACUGUAUUCUGCUCCUCUCUGUCAGGUAAUUAGUUUAAUGUAUUAUACCCCUCUUUAAUUAUACAUCUUAUUCCACAAUGAUUGGUUGGUUUUUAUGAGCUGUGGUUGGCACAUUUUAUUAUAUUUCCUCAGUGGUCAGCUACUAUCCAACUCUCCAGUUACUGCAUUUCUUGAUUAUGGGCAAUUUUACUUCCAGAAUUUUUACUCCAUUGUCCUUGAUUUUUUUUGCCUUACAAAAUGUCACAUGAAUCACCCUUUAAACCCUUUGUGUGUGAUAGGCAUCGCAAUCACUGAAAUUUACUUCCCUCCAAGGUAGGUGGAAUGCAGUGUUGAGGGUAUGCUCAUGAACUGUAGUUGUCUUUGAUUUAGAGAGUUCAAUGUUUCUGGAAAGAUGUGUUCCUUUAGUCUGUGUUUGUGUGGGUCAGCUGUAAAAUUAUUGUUAGCCACAACACCCUGGUAAACUGCUAAAGGACAGUCAUUUAGUUCAUUAGGAGCAUUUUGUGGGUAGUUUUAAAAUACUUGUGAAAUAUGGCCAUAGUAGAGACGUUUUACUGUUUUUGUUAUUUUCAGGCAGCAGCAGCCAAAAUUAUGAAAAUACCCAUCAUUGCUACAGAACAGGUAUCAAAAUAUAAUUUUUUAUUUGCAUUUCAGUGUUUUUUUUUAUUGAGAAGUUGAUUUCACAAAAUUUGUCAAUGUGCUGUCCUGUGAUGAAUUACAGGUACAUGAAGUCAAAUUUAUGAAUUAAAAUAAAAUCAUGUGGCAACAGGACAUCAGUGUGGUGACAAAAGUUAUGUUUGAAUUUGUUCUCCAGUAUCCUAAAGGACUUGGCAACACAGUAGAGGAAAUUGAUACAAGUUUCUUCAAAGAGCGCAUAUUUCCUAAGACAAAGUUUUCCAUGGUGAUACCUGAAGUUGAAGAACAGCUGAGACAGCUAAAUAUUGAGAAUGUGGUAUUAAUGGGUAUUGAGGUAAGUACUAUUGAUUAUGAUAAAUAAGGACUUUGUGGGUGUUCUUUAUGAUUGGAGUUAAACAGUGUUGUUGAUUUUCUCAACUGAAAGUUAUCAAGAGGAUACAUGUGCAUAGUAGAGUAUCCAAAUGUGUUGUUUAGAAUACCCCUUCUUUUUUAAAGAAGGUGAAACUGUUGUGAGCACAACACUGCAUAUUCAGAGGAAGAGAGAAGGUGUAAUUCUUUUGAAUGUUUUAACUAAUUAUCACACUGGGCUAAUGAUCCUGGGAUUUGAUGGUUGAUUGCAAAUAAAGUAAUUUUUUAAUCUAGCAAGUUUACUUUUCUGUGUAAAUAUUUGGCUGGAUCUGAAAAUCAUGAAUCAAUUUAAAAGUAAUCAAUUCUUUUCAAAGUAAUUCUGAUAUGAGAGUUGAAGCCACAGGACUAGUCUAAGAGUGAAUGUUUAUUUUCAGACUCAAGUCUGUGUACUACAGACAACUAUGGAUUUGCUUGAAAAGAAUUAUACUGUUCAUGUUCUGGCUGAUGGUGUCUCAUCACGCACUAUGGUUGAAAGAAUGUUUGCCCUUGAGGUAAUACAAGAUAUGUACAUUUGGAAGCUUUAUAGUAUUAGAUUUAUUGGGAAGGGGGGGGGGGUUGUGUGCAGGAAAUGAAACCCUGUAUAUUUAAGUCUCGACAGAUAGUAAUUUAGUCUCAGUUCAGUAAGUAGUAUUGCAUAGUGAUUCAGGCUUCUCAUUAACCUUUUAACUCCCAAGAUCUCAUCAGUAAUUCUCCUUACUGUCUGCCAUACAGUUCUUGUGAUGUUAGUUUGGAGAAUUUGGUAUUGGAUCAACUAAUAAUCUUCUAAUUGAUACUUUUCUUUAUUCUCAUCACUUGUCUGCUUUAUACUGUAUUGAUAUUGUAAGGAGAAAUUCUGUCUUGGUCACUCAUGGGAGUUAAAGGGUUAAGGGCUGCCCACUGGAUUAAAAAACCAGCAACCUUGAGUUCUGAACCAUGCUCUUUCAUAAAAUAAUGUGUGUAUGUUGUGAACAGUAAACUUUCAAUAAAUAUUAAAACAAGUCACAACUAUAAAAACAAAUUUCAGACUAAGGCAGACAACUUGCUUGAAAUUCACUUUCAUGUUUCACUUAAACAUACAAGUCAUGUAUGCUUUUAGUGUGUGGUUACCUAGCCAACCAACGUGCAUUUUGCUUUGCAUCAUGAUACUUCCAAAAGAAUGCAUAAAAUAGUAUUUCAGUACCUUCGAAUUUCAAAACUGAAUAUUUUGUAAGGGAAGGAGCUUUUGAUUUGUCAGCCAUCUACUCCAUACAGCUAACCAUCUACUCCCUAACUAAUUGAAAACUCUGAUGAUUCUUAUUUCUUUUGUGCAUGUCACAUGUAUAGGUGUACAAAGGUUACAUAUUGUUUUGUUUUCUUGGUACAAGUCUGUGCUUGUCUCACUGGAAUAAUUAGCCAAUUCAGUGACUACUCAAGUUCACUUUGGGAAAUACUUCAAAUCAGGCUUUGGCUAAAAUAUUUUUGUUGAUACAGUUUCACUGUUGCUUUCUUCUAGCGACUCCGCGAAAUGGGUGCUAUUGUAACUACCAGUGAAUGUACUCUCUUCAUGCUGUUGGGGGAUGCCAAACAUCCCAACUUUCGAGAGGUUCAAGCUUUAGUGAAGACAGCAGCCCCUGAUUCUGGUUUGCUCUCCAAGUGUUGAUGGAGGAACAAUGGGUGUACUGACUUCUCUAUUCAGAAAAGAGUCUUUUGGAGAAAGUGCCUUUGAAACUAAUGGCUCUCAUGGACUUAAUUGACUGCUGUGAUCAUUAGGCUAAUUCAAACAAUUUUAGGUAUCUUGUUCUAAAGAAAGAUUUCCCUCACGGGGAUGUAGAUUUAUGCAAUACCAUGUUCUGUUCCACAAGUUGUUCCUGAUUUAUCAUGGGGACUUCCUUUAAAACUGUGGGCUAGUCUUAAAACCUGCAAGACUGGUAAUACAUUUUGAUCCUUAUCACAAGUUCAAGGAGAGAAAUAUGUGAGCAAGCAUAGAAUGAAUAUAACAGUUUACAAAGAUUAGGCUACAAACAGUCCCUCCUAUUUGACAAGGUCCAUUUUUCAAGUCAAAAAAAUUCAGUGAAUCAAUAUAUUUUUUCACUCAUUUUCCUUUGUGUCAUGUAUCAGACCUAUAUAAACAUCAAUUAUUGUAUAUUCUAUACAAGGAUUUAUGAGUGGUAAUUUGAUGGUAUUCAAGUAUUCAAUAAAGAUCAGUGGGCCUUUUGAUUGAUUGUGUUGAACCUUUUACACCCUAACAUUAGAGUACAUAUUCUCCUUACUGUUCUCUUUACAUUUCCUAAGCUGCUGAUGAGGAGAAUUUGUAUAACAAUCAAGAGCUUCUUUACUUGGUGAUCAUUUACUUUAUUCUUGUGACUUUAAUGUGUGAUUUAGGAAUGAUAACGUAAUGAGAGGAUAGAUGCUAGUCACAAGGGUUAAACCAAUCCCAUAAAUAUCAUGACAGUAAUUCAGAGCUAAGCAUUUUAUAUCACUAGAAACCAACCAACUUGAAGUUGAAAUGAGCACACAGCUUAAAAACGUGGAAAGUGAGAGUAGCAUGUUUUAAUUAUUGUAUUUAGUUGACAAUGUGCAUCUUUUGGUUAAGACCAUGGAGUUUUGUAGACCAAUCUGCAAUAGAUUAAUUCAUAUAAAUGAUCCUGGAUUAUUUUUGACACUUGACUGAAAAUGGAAAAUAGCUUUUUUUAAAAAUGAAAUGUUUCUGAUUCUCAGUAAAGUGUAGAGGGUAACUUGUUUAAUUAAUUUUGCAUGACACUGCUGACAAGGAAUAAAAAGAUACAAUGUGAAAGGA